AUGUCAUUAAGCUCUAUAUUCAGGAAUCUCACUAUAAAUGUGUGCAAGGUCAGUAGACAGACUUUGCACACAGGAUGUCCUCUUCUGGCCACUGACAAGAACCUCCUGGUCAAGCUGAGAAAAAGCACGGGCUACACUUUCAUUAACUGCAAGAAAGCGCUUGAGAAGUUCGACAACGACAUAGCCCAGGCAGAGGCAUGGUUACAUGAGGAGGCCAAGAAGGAAGGCUGGAGCAAAGCAAACAAGCUGGAGGGUCGCAAAGCCAAAGAGGGUCUCAUUGGUCUCCUUCUAGGAGAUAAAGUAGCUGUCAUGGUGGAGGUCAACUGCGAGACAGAUUUUGUCGCCCGGAAUGAGAAGUUUCAGCAGCUGGUUAAAGACGUCGCCUUCGCCACUUUGGCUCACCACCAAAGUAAAAGUCAAAGUCGGACAGGAUACAUCAAGAGUCUCCUGACAUCCGAUGAACUGGGCAAACUGAGUGUGUCUGAUGGAGCCACCCUGGCUGAUCAGGUGGCUUUAAGCAUUGGUCGCCUGGGUGAGAACAUGUCAGUGAGGCGGGCAGUCACAGUAAGCGUCCCCGCCGACUGGAACAUUGGCUCGUAUGUUCACGGUGGCAUAGCAGGCCAGACCGAGGUGUCAAUGGGACGCUACGGUUCUCUGGUUGUGUUCCAAGGUGGUAAAGAAGAAAACGGGGGAAUUUUAGGACGCAAACUGGGACAGCACAUCGUGGGAGAGGCGCCCACAUCGCUUGGCAAUAUGGAUGACCUGCCAUGUGGUGAAAGUGAGACGCGCCUCUUGCCUCAGACCUUUCUGGGAGACCCCAGCAGGACUGUGGCCCAGUUUCUGAAGGGUCAAGAGGCUCGGGUUCUGGACUUUGUCAGAUUUCAUUGUGGAGAGACCAUCGGUGAAGAAGUCAAAUGA